AAUUUUUUUAAUCUGUAGCAAAAAUUGUUGUGAGUCAGGCGAUUUAUCGGCGUUUUAUUUUGCUUUUUUCCUACAAUUCGGCUUCUUUAUUUCGUGUAGGAGUUAGUACAAAUAAUGUAAAAUGGCCAUAAAUUUAGAUAAACACAAGCAGGCGUUGAUCUCUGGGUGGAAGGACGUAUUAGACGAGAAAAGCGAUACCAACUGGGCCUUAUUUGGUUACGAUGGGCAAUCAAAUGACUUAAAGUUUAUCGACAAAGGAGAUGGCGGAUUAGACGAGUUGAUUGACGAGUUUAACAGUGGGAAAAUACAGUAUGCAUUCCUCAAAGUUGACCAACCAAAUGGAAGCAUAUCUAAGUUUGUGCUUAUCAACUGGCAAGGAGAAGGUGCGCCAACAGUUCGCAAAGGUACAUGCGCUAAUCACAUAAAGCAUGUAGCUAAUUUCUUCACGGGUUUCCACUUGACCAUGCAUGCGAGAACUGAGGACGAUUUAGACGAAAAAGUCAUUCAGGACAAGUUAGCGAAAGCUGGGUCGGCGUUCAACUUCAAGUCCAGUCGACCUGAGGAGUUGCCGCCCAGUGGACCUAUUGGAACUGUGUAUCAGAAGGUCAAUCCAGUACAAGAAAUAAAUUCUAAAGAAAGGGACCAGUUCUGGCUGAAGGAGGAACAAGAAGAGAAGAAGCGAGUGGAAGCUGAGAAAAAGCGAAGAGACGAGGAGAAGAGGAAAGCAGAGGAACUGGCCAGGAGACGAGACGAGCUUGAAGCCGAGAGGAGAGCUAAAGCCGAACAAGAGAAGCCCGUCGCCCCCGAGGCGCCGGCAGCGGCGGGCGUGAGCGCGAGCGAGGCGCUGCGGCGCCAGCGCGAGGCCGAGGCGCGCCAGCUCUGCGCCGCCUCCACCGCCGCCGCCAGGGCGCUGUUCCAGCACAACUUGGCGCAGGGGCAGCUCUACGUCACCAGAUCAAACUCAAAUACCCCAGAAAAGCCAGUCCGCAGUUCGGUAAUAGCGCAACGCAUAAACACAUUCACACAAGCGCAAUCCCCCCAACCGUCCCCCAUUAAAUCCCCCACCAAGUUGGAACCGAAAACGAUACCGAUACCAGAGACUGAAGACGAGGAACCGCCAAAAACCAGCCCUCUUAAGAACAUAGAUAAGAUCAAAAUGAGCCUUGAAAGUCCUUCCCAGAUACAAUACGAACCAAUCAUAGACCCGGCAGAUUUAAGCCCGUCGACAGAAAACGAAAGUCGUUCAUUCAGUGCAGUAAACUACGCAGAAACUAAAGAGAAUGCCUACAGAGAUAUCGAACCGAAACAAAGCGAGCCUAUGAUUAAACAGAACAUUCUAGAAAAUGACAUGUUUGAUGCUUCUUAUUCAAGUUCGAACGAAAAUGAUGAUGAUGACAGUGAUAAUAAGUUCAGCACAAUUAAAAGAUCCCCGUAUAGUAAGAAUAAUAUUGCCGAUGAAAAUGAAAGGGAGUUGACGAGGCAGAAUACGGUUAUUGAAAAUGUUAAUUUUAAGAAGGAGACUAAUGGAACUACUCUAGAUGAUGUGUCACCGGAAGGCUUGGAUGACGAGGGCGCGAUAUACGAAGACCUGGACGACGAUCCCGGACUCACCGCACGAGCGCUCUACGACUACCAAGCAGCCGACGAGUCAGAGAUCACAUUCGACCCCGGCGACAUAAUCACUCACAUAGAACAGAUAGACGCGGGCUGGUGGCAGGGGCUCGGACCUCAUGGGGUCUUCGGCCUGUUCCCAGCCAACUACGUAGAGUUACUGCCUUGUCAGCCUCGUUAGGAUUACUGUAAUCUUGCGAACUUUGUGUUAUUUUGGAUCUUGGUCUACUGUAAUUCGAAAAAAAAGGAUGCACGUUUUCUACAAGUAUAUAUUCCAUAUGGCUUCUGACAGAAAUAUUGUUACUCAUUUGCCAAAAUCAUUAUUUUUUUUAUACGCGUAAGGGCCAGACUUUAAACAAGAGGACUUAUUAAACAAUCAAUAUAGUUUCGUCAGUUAAUCAUCUUGGCUCCGCCCAGUCAGUAGUGCGAGUGGGGAAAUUCUAUUGGUGGUUUAAAAACUAUUCCAUUCAGCUCCGUUUUGCUGGGUUCUGGGCUUAAGUUUAUAGAGAUUAUUGUCGAAUAGACAAAAUGUCGUGAGCGAAUGGUAAGACUCUUGCAAUGAAACAUAAUAAUGAUAUCAAAGUUUUCCAUGAAUUGCAGUAGACCCUACGCUAGAGUGAUUUUUUAUGGUAAUGUAAAUCAUAACUCGAUUGAAUUCAGUGUUCACUAAAGAUAAAAUAUACUUACAUGUUAAUCAUUGGUUUGAUUGAAGUUAUUCUGUACUUAGAAUCAUGUGUUGUACUUUAUUUUUAUUGAGUUAUGAUUUACUAUCGAUUAAAAAAUAACCAUAGAGUUAUUUCAUAAAUUUAAUUAUUUUAAGAAAAAACGUUCGCAGAUAUUGAAAUUGUAUGUAAAAUGUAUGUUAUCAUAAACUUAUAGGUAUUGACAUCCUGAUCAAGUUACUAUCGUAUAAAAUGGAUGACUUUUAAGUUGAUGGUCAAGUUUAUGUAAUGUAUGUAUAUGUGGAAAUUAAAUACGUGUGGGUAGUUUAGAUAAUGAUUUUAACAUACAAAAACAUUAAAAACUCAUAUGGAGCUUUAUUUUCACAAAUUAUAAUCAAUACAGCAGAAUUGAUUUACUUUGUACUAUGCAUUUUUUGUUUUUCGAUGAUUUUCAAGUAACUUGUUCAAGUUCUAAAAUGGUCAUUGUUAAACUACCCACUCAUAAAAAUAUGGUAUUUCAAUAAUAAUGUGUAAGUGUAUGCUAUUAAACGCGAAGUAAAACGCGAGAGAUGUUAAUAACUUAACGAGGACUGAAGACGCACUUAAUAAAAACGAAAAUCGUUAUAAAUGCGUAGUACUGUGUACGGUCCCGGAUAUUAAUGACUAUUUAAAAAAUAAUGAAAAAAAAAAUCACACAAUGAAAUAUGAAAAUAGACCUUAGUGAUGUUUCAAGGAUAAAACCUCUUCGGACAUUCGUUCUUGUCUAUGGUAUUUGCAUUCGUCUGGGACCGAAAUAAUGCGUAGGUACGUCUCUAGUGUCUUUGGACCGCUAUAAUUAGUCAAAAAAAAUCGUCAAGAUAAUAAGACAUUUUAAAAUAAAAAUCGAUUUUCAUAGCAUUCAAUAGAUUAAAGAUGUAAUUAUAUUUACUUUGAUUCUAAUUGUAAACAAUUUCCAAUAGUGUUCGAAUCAAUAAAUCCAUUUUCUGACUUCGUAUUCAAGUCUUAAAUAAUGGUAAAGUUAAACAGUAGUUUUUCGAAGCAAUUUAGACUGUGAUGCGAAAGAAUUUUUAGUCGACUUCGAAGUUUUCAAAAUUUUUGAUCGGAUGAAUUUUAUAGAAAUAGAUUUUUUUAUAAAAAUACCUACUACUUAUAGAUUAGCACAUAUAGUGCGGAUGCAUGAUUAUAGAUCGUAGUCGACUUACGACGAAGCAGUCAAAUAUUUCUUUCUUAUGAAAACUAUUGAUAAUUAAAAAAAAAUAAUAAUUGCCUUUCCAAUAAAAUUAAGAAUGCAUUUUUCAUCUUAUUAGCAUAAAUUCGGAGGAAAAUUCGACGUUAAAGUAACAAGGCCUAGCAGGUACUAAAAUUUACCUAUCGCUUUUAAUAUAAUAAUAAAUAAUUAUAUUGGCCCAAGAAUGCAAAGUUUACGAUCAAAAUAGGACGAUAAUGUUUCAACCUUUUUAUUAAAGUUGUGAAGUUUAUGUAGCUCACAUUAUUGUAUAAUCAGUGCUAACUGAUUUAUAUAAAUAUUGUUAUUAUCGCUUUGUCGGACGUUCGAACAUUAAGCAAUAAUUUCGUUUACGUAGUUAUUAAUUUUUAAAGAGCUUAUUAUGAACUGCGUUAGUAAUUUUCUAGCUUAGUUUUUAAGUUCAUUUAGACUGCCAUUUAUUUAUGAAAAAAUAUAUUUUAGGCAUUAAUAUUAUUCGGAUGAAGUCUAUUCUGCAUUUGUAUUUUUAACUCUAGUUUAUUUAAUUGGCAACAUAAAAAACGGAGUCGCCAACAUUUCGGCCAAAGUCAAAAAAGUAUAUUUUGAUGUAUUCCUUAUUACGUACUAGUAUUAGUGUUAAAUGUAGGUUUCAAUUUAAUUUGACUGCUUUAACUAUAUCCUUGACUGCAUUUUUAUUAAAAGCUUUUUAGCUGUACUUAGAAAAUGUUUUAAUUUUACAAGACGAGCCGUGAUAAUGAGAUAAACAAUUAUACAUUAUAAUUUUAUUUUAUGAUAAACAAUUUAUAAUUUUAUUAUGAUUAUUUUAUUGACUAUGAAUGAAUAUUUUGGAAUCAAUUUCAGGUACAAAUUGUCUAAGUAGUGCCAAAAGUCUAUUAUGAACUAUUUCACAAUGAUAUUUCCGUCACAAAUAAAAUGCUCACAUUUUAAGCAAUUUUAUCUGCACAUAUUAGUUGCUAUUUAUGAAUACUGAAUUAUGUCACAAAUUGUAAAUGUUUUUAGCUAAAACUAUGUAGAAUUUAGUUCGCUUACACACGUUUUAAGAACAAUCUAUAAUUUCGUAGUUACAAAAAAUGAUUUUUGUAAUGUUUCUCACUAUAUCACAAUAAUGUACAGAUGCUUAUUUUUAGACACGAACAAAUUCACCAAUGUACACAGACAGCAAUCAAAUAAUGUAUUAUUAUCACUAGAAGCACUAUUAUUUCUUUAAAUAUUGACUAGUGAUGCAAUAUGAAUGAUGUGUAUUUUAUUACAUCCAAUAUCCCACAGAUGUACCUACCUAUUUUAAACCAAGAUCCAGUUUUAAAUGUAAUCCGAUUUAUGAUUUUGUGUUACAAACUAUACUCUUAUAUCCUGUAUACUUUAUGUAUACCUUUAUCACAAUAUAUUUAUACAUAUACGUUUCUAUACCCAGCCUUGCAAUAUUGUUAUAUUUAAGGAAUGUAGAGUCAAUGUGCCCCAACUAGGAGAUUAAAUACUAAGACUAAGCUUCGCCUUUACCCUUCUAUACAUAAUAGUCGUUAAGUCAUGUAAGUGAGAUGUAUUUUUCGUAUUACGUUGAUACAUAUGUUCCCUGUAAUUGUACCUAUAUUAUUGCAAUAUAAUUUUAUUUGUAUGGUGCUCCAAUGUAUGGUAAUUUGUAACAUAGGUUUACAUUUGUAUCCUAAUAUUUUCGAAAUAAACAAGUCCUAGAUUCCGGA